AUGUGGAUGAAAAGUGCUCACUUAUGUCGUUUGGAGAUACUGAGACUUUCAGACUGCAGUAUCACUGAAGAAGGUUAUAAAGCUCUGGCUUCAGCUCUGAGAUCAAACCCUUCACACCUGAUAGAGCUGGAUCUCACAGGAAAUGAUCCUGGACAAUCAGGAGUGAAGGAGCUCAGUGAUUUACUACAGGAUCCAAACUGUCAACUCAAGACACUGAGACUUUUAGACUGCAGUAUCACUGAAGAAGGUUAUAAAGCUCUGGCUUCAGCUCUGAGAUCAAACCCUUCACACCUGAUAGAGCUGGAUCUCACAGGAAAUGAUCCUGGACAAUCAGGAGUGAAGGAGCUCAGUGAUUUACUACAGGAUCCAAACUGUCAACUCAAGAUACUGAGACUUUCAGACUGCAGUAUCACUGAAGAAGGUUAUAAAGCUCUGGCUUCAGCUCUGAGAUCAAACCCUUCACACCUGAUAGAGCUGGAUCUCACAGGAAAUGAUCCUGGACAAUCAGGAGUGAAGGAGCUCAGUCAUUUACUACAGGAUCCAAACUGUCAACUCAAGAUACUGAGAUCUGCUACUAAAACAGAACUGAAGAAACUAGACAUUGUUCAGAAUCAAGCAUUAAGGUUAUGUAGUGGAGCCAUGAUAACCACUCCUGUGGCAGCCUUACAGGUGGAACUGGGAGAGAUGCCUUUGCAUCUCAGACGAGAUCAGCUAUCUCUGGUCUACUGGGCUAAUCUUAAAGGGCAUCAAGAGGCUCACAUUGGAGUUACAGGGAAUGAGUUGGCAGAUCAGUAUGCUAAGAAAGCUACAGAGCGAUCUAGUAUUGAUAUGGAAAUUAAAUACAGUAAGGCUGAAAUUAAGAGUAUUGUUAAGGAUAAACUGAGAGGAAAGUGGCAGAAGUUGUGGGACAGUGAACCAACUG